AUGGAUAUACUUUUUCCAAUAUUAAUCUCCUGUUCAUAUGAUUGUGAUACAACGCGAGCCAUUCUUCAAACUAAAAUGUCAUUAGAAUUGAUUGCAAAUUUUAUAGACACAAAAACAAUCAAUGAAGAUGAUAGCAAAUCGAUUAUUUCUGCAUUUCAUAUGCGAUUUCCAUAUGAUGAAUGGACAAAUGUAUUGAAAUACUAUCGGCCAACAUCAAAACUUUCUUUGAAAACUCAUAAUGAUGAAGAAAAAGAAAAUGAAUCUCAUCGAAUUGAUACGGAAAUUAUGUCUUAA